CACAGACCUGCGUCUAGAAGAGCAGGGAAAACUUCAGGAGAGACUCGUUUUCUGAUAACGAGCUCUACACAUUGUUCUCCAGACUCGGAUUAGGAGCGGAGCACUUCUGGGAGCGCGCGAACAUGGACGAUCUAGACGCCUUGCUUGCAGAUCUCGAGUCUUCCACUGCACAUAUCUCCAAGUGCCCAGUGUUUCUUCCUGAGGAGACACCAUAUUCUUACCCCACCGGAGGGCACCUUUUUCAGGAUGACUCCCCUCCUCCGCCCCUGCCCCCUCCACCCACAUCUGAGGCCCUGAACGGAUCGCUGUCCCCGCGGCCGGACUCCCAGCACUCCUCUCAACAGGUUCAGCACAACCUAUUUAGGACUUUCCAAAAUAAGCUAUCUCUGGGCCCUGCUCAUAAGAGCACGUUGUCUCAGGACAGCACCCCGCCAGCCUCGCAUACAGAAGAAGACCACGUUUACAGUUUUCCUAACAAGCAGAAGCACUCAGACUCAUCGGCCACAGCCAUGACAUCUGCCCUGGGCAGCAACCUUUCUGAACUGGACCGCCUUCUUCUGGAACUCAAUGCUGUACAGCAAAAUGCCCCAUCUUUCUCCACUACAGAAGAUGUUGCACCUCCAUUGCCCCCCUGCAGUGUUGCCCACUAUAUCCAGGAAAAUGGAGCCCACCCAGGCAUCACACUGACACCGGCAGCCCAGGACAAGCCUCAGAGGAAUGGAACGAAGGGGACAGAUGAUGGCCGUCCCACUGUGGAAAGUCUUCUGAAUGAGUUGGAGAGCUCUGUGCCUUCCCCAGUGCCAAGCCCCUGUGCUCUGACGAGUGAACUGACAGACGGGCAGGUGGACACACCUUCCGAGCAGCAAGGCAGAAUAUCAGCCACAUCAGCUACACGAGAACUGGAUGAGCUCAUGGCCUGCCUCUCAGAUUUUAAGGUGCAGAGCAAUCCAAGUUCUUUGGGCUCCCUGAACUCUGAGCCAGUGUUUGAGCAAACUACUACCAUUGCUGAAAUCCACUGUCCUCCUACGACUGCCAUGUCCAAUUCCCUGUCCCCUACCCUCCCAGUGGACCCAAGACGAUAUUCCCCAGGUCUCUCCUCUCCUUUAAACUUUGAACUGCACAUUGUGGAGUUUGAAUCAGGUGAACCGGGGGCUGUGCCUCCACCAUCCAGUGUUGUCCGAAAGCCUUCCUCUCGACCGUCUCCACCUGUAGCAUCCAGUCCUCGUUUUUCUCCAGUUCCUGACCUGGACUUGGAUUCUUCCAUUGAUGUCUCUGCUUCCCUGCUGUCCUCCCAAGUGGAAUCUCUAGUGGUUCUGUCUCAGACUAUAACCACCACUCCCACACCUGGAAGUGGAGACCUUUGUAGUCUCUGGGAGGGAAGUCCUUCUUCCAAAUUGACAAGCUCUGGGCUGAAGGCCUAUUCGCCUAUCACCAAGUCUCCUAGUCCAACAAGUGCCCCAGUGGUCAGCAGAACCAAUGAAAGAGUUAGCCCAUUGAUGACACCAGAAUCACUUGAUCUGUAUCUCUCCAACUCUGACACAAAACCUAUAAGUCCAAUGCCAUCUCUUUCCAGAUCUCCAAUUCCUACAGUCUCUGAAUCACCAUCUCUGUCUCUUCCCAAAGCUAUAUCGCCACCUCUAAUCCUAUCCUCGUCUGUGGUGGUUCCCAAGUCUCCAAGCCCAAAACCAUUAUCAGGACAGCCUCCCACUGGACUUCAACCACCAACCUAUGAGCCAUCUCUUGAUGAUGCCUUGGAUAAACUCCUUGCCAUGAGCUUCAGCAGGCCUGAGAAUGAGGCUUCAAUCACCACAUCAGUGGCCUCACGGCUCACUUCGGAAGUACAACCAGAAGUCUACGAGGAUACAAUAGUAGCAGCGGAUCGUAACAACAUUCAUCCUGACACUUUUACAGAGAGUGAAAUGGGGGAUGGGCUCUUGGAGGAUCAGUCGGACUGCAGGAGUGAUCUUGACUGGGCUGACAUGGAACUGAAGAUGGCCUACGAAGGACCUGAUGGCUCCAUGACCCCCAUGACCGAGGCAAGCUGGAUGGAUGAAUCUCUUACUCCAUCGUCUUGUCCUGGAACCCCAGAUGCCCAGAUGGAUCUUCCCAUGCUGCAUAUGGCUGGCACAAUGGACAGGAUCUCAGCCUCUGGACACAUCAAAUCUGUGAUUAAACGUACCAAGGAGAUCCAAAACGUCCAUCCCAUGUACCGAGAUGGCCUGAUACGUAGGAAGAUGGGCCCCCUCAUUUUCCACAAGAGUAACUCCCAGGACCGGCUCAUUGAGGAACUGCAAGGAAAGCUGGGAAUUGCCCGUAAGGAUCGUCCAAAAAACAAACAGCCGGAUGACUGGCUCACAGAAGGCGUCAUUGUCAUGUCCAACCCCAAACGCUCACGGGAAGACCACAACAGGGAGGUGGAUAAGAUAAUCAUACCUCCUGAGUCUCCUCUUCCUCAGAGGAAGGUGAUCGUACCUCCCCAAUUUCCCCCAAUCCCUCGCCCCCCUCCCCCUGCUGAAGAACCAAAGCGCCCCCCUCCGGUCAAAUUAGCUCCUGCCCCUUUGCCUCCACCCCCACCACCUGCCCCCACCCCACCUCCUAGAGAGCCCACACCUCCUCCCCAGCUAACUCCACCUCCAGUUCCACCCAAGCCCCCGACCCCUGAACCUGUGGAAGUUCCUGCUCCCUCCCCAAAACCCAACCCUCCACCCCAACCCACACCCAUACCCACCCCACCACCUGCCCCCGUGGCCCCGCCCAAAGUGCUGAUGUCAGUUGGCUGCCAGACGGAGUAUGACCCACUCUUCCCUCCGCUGCAGAUUAUGGCCCAGGGGAAGGGUCCACAACCACAGGUUAAUAAACUGGACAACAUGCUGGGCAGUCUUCAGUCUGACCUCCACAAGCUGGGAGUGCAGACGGUUGCUAAGGGAGUGUGUGGCGCCUGCUGCAAACCUAUUGUUGGCCAGGUGGUAACUGCCAUGGGGCGCACGUGGCAUCCAGAGCAUUUUGUGUGCACACACUGCCAGGAGGAGAUUGGUUCCAGAAACUUCUUUGAGAGGGAAGGACAGCCAUACUGUGAGAGAGAUUACCAUCAUUUAUUCUCUCCACGCUGCUAUUACUGUAAUGGACCCAUACUGGAUAAAGUGGUGACGGCGCUAGACAGGACGUGGCAUCCUGAGCACUUUUUCUGUGCCCAGUGUGGGGCGUUCUUUGGCCCUGAAGGAUUUCAUGAGAAGGAUGGAAAGGCGUAUUGUCGUAAAGACUACUUCGACCUGUUUGCUCCUAAAUGUGGCGGUUGUGCUCGUGCCAUCCUGGAGAAUUACAUCUCUGCCCUGAGCGCUCUCUGGCAUCCUGAGUGUUUUGUGUGCAGGGAGUGUUUCACACCCUUCAUCAACGGCAGUUUCUUCGAGCACGACGGUCAGCCGUACUGCGAGGUUCAUUAUCACGCCCGCCGCGGCUCGCUGUGUUCCGGCUGUCAGAAACCCAUCACGGGCCGCUGCAUCACAGCCAUGGGCAAGAAGUUUCAUCCUGAGCACUUUGUCUGUGCCUUCUGCCUCAAGCAGCUCAAUAAAGGCACCUUCAAAGAGCAAAACGACAAGCCUUACUGCCAGGGCUGCUUCAUCAAGCUCUUCAGCUAGAAAGAUGCCUGACUGACUGUGUGCGUACGUGUGCGUACGUGUGUGUGUGUGUGUGUGUGUGUGUGUGUGUGUGUGUGUGUGUGUGUGUGUGUGUGUGUGUGUGUGUGUGUGUGUGUGUGUGUGUGUGUGUGUGUGUGUGUGUUAUUCAGGUUAAUGUGUCUUGACUCUCGACAUCCCCACAUGAAGUUGCUAGUCAGGUUAAAACGUGCUCUCAGAAGCCAAGUUGUUUUAGAGGGUAUUAGAGGAAAGUUCAGCUGAGACUGUAGAGGUUUUUUUUUUUUUUUUUUUUUUUGAGAAAGUGUGUGAAUGUUUUCUGCUCACUGGAUGAGCUGGAGAGAAACCGUUUGAUGAUGAGAAUAGUUCAGGAGGGAUGAUGGGAAACGUUUGAGACACAAUCAACAGAAGGAAACGAAACAUCAGAUAAUUCAAUGACUGGAAAUCAAACGAAUAACCAACUGGAGCCAAUAAUUAGUGGUGAAUCUCAUGAAGAAUGUCCAGGUCAUAUAUUAGUCUGAAACCAAAAGGAAAGACAAGAAAUCAUAUUUUGCAUUAAAAACAUUUAAGCCAGUUUAAAAAUGUUAAAUAUCUUUUGCAUUGUGCCAUUAUUUUCAGAAAAAAUAAAUAAUUUCUACCUUAUUUUCCAUUAUUCUGUAACCAAAGAAUAUUCUUAUUAUAGUAAUAUAGUGAAAAAAUAUCCUGUCCAAUAACAUUUUAUUAUUAUUAAUAAUAAUAAUAAUUAUUAUUAUUAUUGCUGUUGUUUUUAUUAAUAAUAUUAAUAAUAUUGAUGUUGUUUUAAAUGGUCUUAAACUCAGUAAAACAAAUAAUACUAUGAAGUAUAAAUCCUUCAUAUUAUUAUUCCUAAAAUAAGCUACAUUUUCUUUUAUGCAAAAUAUAAUUUAUUCUUUCUUUUUAUUUUGGUAUGAAAUAUGGCCUGUAUGUGUUCUUUUGAGCUUCCCCUUGCUAGGAAUUUGGAUUUGCAUCAUUUUUAGCAUAAAAUUUCACCUCAAUGAAUUGCUACUUUUAGUGCCUUGUUUUUGUAUUACAAAUUAAACUGAAUUUAAAAGACACUAAGUAUAUCAAAUGUGUAGUUUUGCAUACAAGAUGUAACACAAAGUUUCUAAUCCAUGCUGAAGUUGUAACUGAGAGACUGAAGUUCAGAUUAUUCCUCAUGAAGUCUGUGUAGUAACUUCUAAUCUUACUGUUAAUCGCUCACUUCUGCCGGCGUCUGCGUGGAAUUUCACAGGAGUUUAUGCAUCUCAUCUCAAAGUAAGGAAUAUAUGGGAUUGAAUACAAUUUAAGAUACAGAAAAUCAUUUCUACUUGUUUAGUUUGAUAAAUCAAUAACGUAAUAAUGUAUAACACACAUUUUUACAAUGAUAAAUCAAAACCAUAUUUUCUGGUGUCUUUAUUAUUAUUUAACCCAGAAUAUUUCUCUGAAGGAACCAGUCACACGUGGCAUUUUGGGAAAUGUUUUGUAGUUAGUAUGACUGGCUAUUUUGGUUUUAGUCACAAAACAGUCACUACAUAACCACUGACGAUUCUAAUGAUCCACUUAAAGGAAUAGUGCACCCAAAUGUGGACAUUUACUGUUAAUGUGCCCACUCUCAGGCCAUCCAAGAUUAGGAUGAGUUUGUUUCUUCAUCAGAUUUGGAGAAAUGUAGCAUUGCAUCAGUGUCUCAACAAUGGAUGCUCUGCAGUGAAUGGGUGCCGUCAGAAUGAGAGUCCAAACAGCUGAUAAAAACAUCACAAUAAUCCACAGUUAAUGUGUUGAGAAGUGAGAAGUCAAUCUUCUGUUGUCCUGUUGAUGUUGUUCAGAUCAAUCGAAAUAGCUGUGACAGUAUUGUGCAAUUCUCAACCCUUGAAUUCAGUAUAUGAUUUGAUUGGAAAUGAGUAUCUGAUAUUGUCUUGCUCACUCUCAGAGACAAUUCUAGACAAUAUUGUAACUGCUGUAUUAUGAUAUUGUGAUGAUAUAUACUAUACUAAUUCUUUUAGCUUUUUUCCAUUUUGCAUGAAAGUCUUAAGUGUCUUUCAAUAAUUUUAAAAGCCGAGUUUUGAAAACUCGUGAUGUUACGAAGGAGUGAAUCGAUGAAGACUUUCUUGUAUUUUUAGGAACGUGCUGUCACUGGAACAGAAGUGACUUUCAGAUCAAGAAUAUUAAAUAUAUAUGGUCCCUGGUGUGGCUUUCUGGAUGCCUGUCAACAAAGAUUACUAAUAAGAUUUGUUGGAUGCAUCGGAUAAAUAUACCAGCAAGUGUUUAUUGUAUGAAAGCUUUUAUAUGACCCGAUGUGCCAGAGAUCUUUUGAGAAAACACUACUUAGAAAGUAGAAGUUACUUGUUCUCGUUUGUUUUAUUCAAUUCACUAUGAAUAUGCCUUCUUUGAUAACUCAAUGGUAAUAAUCUGUCGCUGUUUGUUUUGCUUCUAAUCACUAUGUGCCAAAAGAAGGUGCGGUGGAAAUCUAGGGAUCAUAUGAUAUCCUUAUGUGUUUUAAUCACUCAUUUACACUGGUCGAAUAUUGUGCCUUUGUUUAUUUUGAGGUUUUCUAUCAUAUAAAUUGAUCUGACGCUUUUCUAUUUCUGUUCAUCAGUCAUUAUUUUAGUGUCCCUUGACAAAUAUCAUCAUUUAUCCAAUGUGAAGUCAGCUAUGCAUAUUUUUUUCUCUCUCUUGUAACACUGUCACAUUUUGUUCUGUGAGUAUUGUUUCAACUCGUGCAAUUAUAUACAAAUAAAAUUGGUGUUUUAAUGCACUGAA